UGUUGGGAACAUUAGAAGGGAACCAACACCACAACCAGAAAGACGGGAACAUCUAGGUUCGGCAGCGGCGUGUCUUAACACCUUAACACCACCACCAUGGCUGACCCGGAAAAACAGCCCGAACAACCAAAGGCUGGCCAGCAGAAGCUGAUCAUCGCUAACAAAGUGACCGGGACUGUGAAGUGGUUCAACGUGAAGAGUGGGUAUGGAUUCAUCAACAGGAAUGACACCAAGGAAGACGUAUUUGUUCAUCAAUCAGCCAUCGUGAAGAACAAUCCGAGAAAGGCUGUACGCAGUGUCGGUGAUGGAGAAGUUGUCGAAUUUGACGUGGUAAUAGGCGAGAAAGGUCACGAAGCGGCCAACGUUACUGGUCCAUCCGGGGAAGCAGUAAAAGGUUCGCCUUAUGCUGCCGAUAAGCGACGCGGAUAUCGCGGAGGUCAUUGGUACAUCAGUCAAAGACGUGGGAACACUCGAACUCAACGCAGACCUAGAGAAGGUCAGGAUGGUUAUGAAACUGGUGAGGGUAAGACCGGGGACGAAGGAAACGUCGGCGAGGGUGGCGGACAACAACGACGUUACAGAGUUCGACGACAGUACGACGGCUACUAUCGUGGAUCACGCCGUUCUGGUCCGUCCGCGCAACAGCAAGGGGAUAACUCUGGCGAAGGUGGCGAGCAAGGUGGCGAGACUGGCGGUGACGGUGGCGUGCCACGUGGUGGCGGCCGUGGACGCGGAGGACCUUCUCGUCGUUACUUCCGCCGUAAUUUCCGUGGAGGAAGAGGUGGCGGACCUCCGCGUCGUCCUCGUAGCCAGGACGGCCAAGUAAAAUCGGAGCAGAAGUCGGAUGCACCUAAAGAUAAGGAUGCACUUGUCGAUGUCCCUGCUCCACAGGAAAGUCAGCCGGUCCAAAACACCACCACCGAAAGCACCGCUUAACCACAAGAGUAAUGGUACCACUACAACAAAAAACACUCCUUUUAAUAUAUAACACCAACACCCGUUAUACACUGAAGCAACAGCAUCGACAACAACCGCAGCAGCAACAAUGUAACAUAACAAUUGAAAAAGUUAAAAAAAAAAAAAAAGCGAAACAAAAAAGCAAGAAAUGAAAAGAAAUUAUGAAAUACUGCUCCACUCUCCCCGGCAGAUAAAGAAGAUUAAAAAGUGUGUGCAAAGCGCUGCCGGAAUAUAAUUUGAUAUAUAAUACGCUGAAAAGUCUCGUCGUGAAGAAGAAAGUUUAUCUUGGAUCGACUACGAGCGAACAAAAACUCUCAAAUUGAACUUAUCGCCGUACGAUAGAUUUUUUUUUUUAUUGUAUGAAAAGUCGAUAGAUUUUCGAGUAAAUUUUCUACUCGUUAAAACUCUAUGGAUAAAAAAGAAAACAAAAAAAAAACAAACAAAAAAGAAACGGUCCAAAGAAACGCGAAAUCGAAACAUAACCUAUGCGCGUGUACGAUUCGAUUCAGCGAGCCGGAACAAAAAAAAAAAAAAAACGGCGAUAAGUGAUAUAUUUUGGAGUAUUUCGUUGGACGGAGGCGGCGGUGAAGAUGAAAAACGAAAAUUGCGACUACAACGAAUUUCGGUGUAUACAAAGUUUUUUUUAAAAGAGUAAUCUCAAUUGUGAAGGGAAACAACGAAGAGAGAAGAGAAGAAAUACGGUGAUGGGAUAAAAUACGAAUUCGAAUAGUGGUAUUUUUGUUCUUGUUUUUGCGUAUUCAUUGUUCCAUACGUUUUAAUUUUUCUUCAACGAAACGCAUUCGAUCGUUUUACGUAUAUAUAUAUAUAUAUGUAUAUCUUUGAGUUUAACGCGAUGUUCGCGGAGUUUUUCUCUUGUCGUAAUCGGUAAAUGCGCGCGUGAAAUCAUUGGAACAUUGCAACACUACUAACGCGCGCUUACCCGUGAUUGUGCCAGCUUAAUCGUUUCAGUUUCUCUCGAAAAUUAUUCCGUUCUUUUUUUUUUUUUUUCUUUUUUUUUCUUUUUCUCUCUUUUCCUCUUCUUUCCCUUUAUUUUUUCGUCUUCAUUGAAAAUGCAAGGUUCGAUUUCGUUUUGAAAAUCAAGUCUUUCGUCGUGUCGCUUUUGUCUCUUCGGUCCUCGUUCGUUCGUGACUUUGCAUCGCAGUAACCAAAAAAAAGAAAAGAAAAAAAAAAAAAAGAAGAAGAAGAAGAAGAAAAAAAAAACGAUUCGUUCAAUGAUUAACGAUUACACGCGAUAGCAAAUUUAUGCAAAAUUUUUUGUUUAAUUCUAUAUAAUUAGCGACGUGUUACAAACUGUCGAUACUUUCACGAUCGCUUGUACCAAAUAACACGGUCGAUGCCCCAGGAGGGUAUAAACCUUUGAAGCAGAUGAAUGUAUUAUCUGACUUUAAGAAAAUUUAACGCGUUGUGAGUUAAUCGGAUUAUAAUAUUAUUUCGUAAUUUUUGAUAAUGAAUCGAUAACGUUCGAUUAUCGUGUAUUGAAAAAAUUGUCACCGUUACUCGAACGUGUCGAUUCCCCAAAAUUUUCAAAAUGUCCUCUCAAUUGACAAUGCAAACCUGCGGUUUGUCAUGUUGAGUGAAUGAACGAGUGAAUGAAUGAAUGAAGAAAUGAGAGAGAGAGAAAGAGAGAGAGGGAGAGAAAGAGAGAGCGAGCGAGAGAGAGAGAGAGGGAGAGAGAAAAAGAAAGCAAGAGAGGACGAAAAAAUUUAUACCAUUUUUGCAUGGAAACGGAAACAUUUUUUUAAAUUUCAGUUUGUAGUUUUAUCGUCGGAAAAUAAAGUGUACAAUUUUCUUUCCAAGCGUUUUGAAAGUUACACGCGCAGUUUGUUGUGACACAUUUUUUCUUUUAUUUCAACAAUGUGAACAAGUUAUUAUUUUUUUUUUUUUUUUUUUUUUAGUUUCCUUUUUGUUUCAUAAUUUUUUAUUUCUUUUCCUCUUUGUCAUCGCAAUCUUAAUUGGUCGCCAUUGUCGUAAUUGUCAUCGCCAUCGUCAUCGCCAACGUCAUGGUAUGGUCAUAUUGCGAUUUUCGAUAAAAAAAAAAAAAGAAAAAAGAAAAAAAGAUUUACACUCUUCAAACGUUUUUUGCGAUCAAUCUUGGAAUGCAUAUAAUUGGAAAAAAUACCAGAAUAGAGUUGGGGCAAAAAAAGAAAUAGAGAGAGAGAGAGAGAGACAGACAGAAAAAGAGAGAGAGAGAGAGUGUGUGCGUGUGCGUAUGUUGAGAAAUAUAAUGCAUCAAAUAUGAAACAUUUAUCGCCUGAUCUCGUGUUCCUCCGCAGUCGAUUGAAAAUAAAAGAAAGUGAGUAUGAGGGAAGAGAUAUGGUAUAGCGUGCCGGUUCAUAAACGAGGUUCGUCGUCUCGUAAGUUCUUCUUCGAUCAGCGACGGAAAGGAAGAAAAUGGAUUAGGAGAGGAAAGCGUGUGAGACGAGAACCGCGCGCGUAAUUUGACAAAAAGAACGUUAAUAUAAUUAUGUACGAGGGGGGGGAAAAAAAAAGAAAAGAACGAUGCAUGUGUUGAAAGUGAAUAUCGGAAUUAAAAGAAAAUAGAGAACAGAGAAAAUAUGUACUGAAAAGAAAAAGAAAAAAAAAAGAAAGAAAGAAAGAAAGAAAAAAAACCGAGCGGAAGUGUACGCGUGUGAGCGUAACCAGGCAACGCGAUGUUCGAAAAGAAAAACAAAUUUGGCCACGUUGCGGUUGAACAGCGAGCGCAAAAAGCGAUCGUGUACGAUCCUCUGUAAUGUUGAUGCGUUCCCGUUUCGAUGGCCUGGAAUUAAUAAUUAUAUAUAGUCGAGUGAGUUAAAAAUCGUUAAAAACUCGACGAUUCUCGGUACUCUCGUCCCGUUUUUUUCUCGAGGCGCGAGACACGUUUUAUCACGUUGGAGGGAGAGACGAGAGACGAGAGGAUCGUGUGACAAUUCGCGUACCACUCGUUGCGACAGUCAAUUAGUUUUAAAUUCAGCUUUUCGCGAGGAGCGAUCGCAAUGAUGCACGAGCAAUGAGCCUGUCCCCAAGGAUCGAGGGACAGAGAAGGAGAGAAAGAAAAAAGGAAUGAAAAAAAAGAAUGUCGAAGAGGGUCGAACUUGAAUCGAAUCCCUCGAAGAGAACAAGAACACAGGUAAACGAGAGGAGACGUAGAUCUCGCCGGUCGCGACCUGGACGCGUUGCAACGACGUCCGUCGAUCGAUAUCCCAUCGAUCGAUCUCUCUAUCCUGCUUUCCUCAUUCUUAACCUUAAAUCCUUUUUCCAUAAUUUUCCCUGUCCCAUAAUAUCCCUGUAUCCUUGUCCUUGUUUCCUCAACGACUGACGAUUCCCUCCUUCCCCCUUUGAAAACCCAGUGAAUUUUGUACCGAAAUGCGAAACUUGGAAAAGCUACUUUCAUAUACGGAAUUUAAUUUUUUCACGAAACAUGUGCAUUAUAAAAAAUAAAUGCCAAAAAAAUCGCAAAACUCA